UCGAUUUUCCAACUAAAAGUAUUCAACGGCCUCCCAUUUGGGGAUUCAAACACUAAGAUGAAGUUAUUAGUUUACUGGUGGAUCUUCGUAGUUACCCUAGUUAAUAUUCAAUGUCGUAAUUCAGUGAACAAUCUCCUCGGUAAACGUAUCCGACCAUUCAUUACAUCACACACUCAGUCGCAAUUGGAAACGAACGAAACGACAACACAGCAAUCCUUAAGUAGAACCAUUAAGGCUUCACCACCAACACAUUCCGCCAGUCCAAUAGACGUCGAGACGCAAACUUCUCUGGUCUAUCCCAGCACUUCCUCCGCAAUCAAAGCAAUUCCUGCUGUAGCGGCUACUACCAAUUUUUCGACCAACGCCGUUACACUGAGCAAGAAUUCCAGCAUAGUAGCUGUCAAAAGUAUCAAAGAAGACUCAUUUACACGUUCAACUAUAGAAGCUGUGUUGGGCAAGGCAGAUAACGUUUCAUUUAGCAUGACCCAAGCUGCUACAAACAACCAGGAUCGUUUCGUGAUGAGUAACAAUCCGUUCAAUGCAACUCAGUUGUUUCCCAAGCGCCCACUUCGUUCACAGACCAUAAACCGUUAUCUCGCAAAAGCUAAAGAAAAGGCUUUUGGCAGUAGUACGGUUUCGCCGAUACCCAGUAAGCUGACCCACGUCAUCGUAAAGCGCCAUUUCAUCCGACUGAUGCCAUUGGACGAUUUCGUUCUCGAUACUGACGAUGUAUAGAAUAUUCUUCCAGUCUCGAAACAAUUUUGCAAUCUCUCCUUUGUUCUCUGUAUGUAGCCAAAUAAAACGUGAUAACACUAUUCUAUGCGAA